CCGCCGGCGGCCGCCCCAGCCCCGCCCCCGCGGCGGAAGCGAGGCGCGCGCAGGCGGCGGCCCCGCCCCGCCCGCCGCCGUCGCCGUCGCCGUCGCCGUCGCCGUCGCCGUUGCCGUCGCCAUGGAGUAGCCGGAGCGGGACGGGGCUGAGCCGGGCCCGCAGCGAGACACAGAGGGCCGUGACAGGCGCCCGGCCGGGCCCACGGCGCCGCAGGCAGCGCGGCCCUGCGCUGCCUCAGGUUGAAGAAAUUAAUACUCUUCACACCUUAUUUGAAAGAAAGAAUGAAGAAAUGUCUUUAGAUACUGAUACCUGAUUCCAGAAAAUAAUUUCUUCUUGUAUUCUCCCUUCAUCUUUGCUCACACCAAUAAGGAAGGAUAAUACAAUCCUGUACGCUUGAGACAAUGGAGUCCAUGCUGAAUAAAUUAAAGAGUACCGUUACAAAGGUAACAGCUGAUGUCACCAGUGCAGUCAUGGGAAAUCCUGUUACCAGGGAAUUUGAUGUUGGCCGACAUAUUGCCAGUGGUGGUAAUGGACUUGCUUGGAAGAUAUUUAACGGAACUAAAAAAUCAACAAAACAGGAAGUGGCUGUUUUUGUCUUUGAUAAAAAGUUAAUAGACAAGUUUCAAAAGUUUGAAAAGGAUCAGAUUAUUGACUCUUUAAAACGAGGUGUUCAACAGCUAACCAGGCUUCGACACCCUCGGCUACUUACUGUUCAACAUCCAUUAGAAGAAUCCAGAGAUUGCCUGGCAUUUUGUACAGAACCAGUCUGUGCAAGUUUAGCUAAUGUUCUUGGCAGCUGGGACAACUUACCUUCUCCUUUGCCAUCCGACAUUAAAGAAUACAAACUUUAUGAUGUGGAGACCAAAUAUGGCUUGCUUCAGGUUUCUGAAGGCCUGUCCUUUUUGCAUAGCAGUGUGAAAAUGGUCCAUGGGAAUAUCACACCUGAGAAUAUAAUUCUGAAUAAGAGUGGAGUGUGGAAAAUCAUGGGCUUUGAUUUUUGUAUUCAGUCAACAAAUCCAUCUGAACAGGAGCCAAAAUUCCCUUGUAAAGAAUGGGAUCCAAACCUGCCUUCCUUGUGUCUUCCAAAUCCUGAAUAUUUGGCACCGGAAUAUAUUCUCUCUGUGAGCUGUGAGACAGCCAGUGACAUGUACUCUCUAGGAGCUGUUAUGUAUGCAGUAUUUAAUAAAGGGAAACCAAUUUUUGAGGUCAACAAGCAGGACAUUUAUAAAAGUUUUAGCAGACAAUUGGAUCAGCUGAGCCGUUUAAGCUCCAGUACUCUUCAGAAUAUACCGGAAGAGGUGCGUGAACAUGUAAAGCUACUCUUAAAUGUAGCUCCAGCAGUGAGACCAGAUGCAGAUCAAAUGACUAAGAUACCAUUCUUCGAUGAUGUGGGAGCAAUGACACUUCAGUAUUUUGACUCUUUAUUUCAAAGGGAUAACCUUCAGAAGUCACAGUUUUUUAAAGGGCUACCAAAGGUUCUGCCAAAACUACCUAAGCGUGUUAUAAUUCAGCGAAUUUUGCCUUGCUUGACCUCUGAGUUUGUGAAUCCUGAUAUGGUACCCUUUGUCUUGCCUAACGUUCUCCUAAUUGCUGAGGAGUGCACCAAAGAAGAAUAUAUCAGGCUCAUUCUGCCUGAUCUUGGUCCUGUUUUUAAGCAGCAAGAACCGAUACAGAUCCUGUUGAUCUUCUUGCAAAAAAUGGAUCUACUCCUAACUAAAACUCCACCAGAUGAAAUAAAGAACAGCGUUCUACCAAUGGUUUACAGAGCCUUGGAAGCACCUUCAAUUCAGAUCCAGGAGCUUUGUCUAAACAUAAUUCCAACAUUUGCCAAUCUAAUAGAUUACCCAUCAAUGAAAAAUUCAUUGAUUCCAAGAAUUAAAAAUGCAUGUUUGCAAACUUCUUCUCUUGCUGUCCGGGUAAACUCACUAGUGUGCUUAGGAAAGAUUUUGGAGUACUUAGAUAAAUGGUUUGUGCUUGAUGAUAUUCUACCUUUUCUACAACAAAUUCCAUCCAAGGAACCUGCAGUGCUAAUGGGAAUUUUAGGUAUUUACAAAUGUACAUUUACUCAUAAGAAGUUGGGAAUUACCAAAGAGCAGCUUGCAGGAAAAGUAUUGCCCCAUCUGAUUCCUCUUAGUAUUGAGAACAAUCUGAAUCUCAGUCAGUUCAAUUCUUUUAUUUGUGUUAUAAAAGAUAUGCUUAAUAGAUUGGAGGCAGAGCAUAAAACAAAACUUGAACAACUUCAUGUCAUGCAAGAACAACAGAAAUCUUUGGACAUAGCUAAUCAAAUGAGUGUUUCUGAAGAGGCAAGAUCUACCAGCACCAGUAAUCAGAUUGACAAGGUAUUUAAUAAUACUGGAACUGACCUCCUAACUAGUGGAUCUGACAGUAAAGAGAAUGAGUUGUCAUCAAAACAGAAAAAGGCAUCACUUACACUUGAAGAAAAGCAAAAGUUAGCUAAAGAACAAGAACAGGCACAGAAAUUGAAAAGCCAGCAACCUCUAAAGCCACAAGCGACUGCAAUAACACCUCCAUUGAAGCAGACAAAAGACUUGACAGAUACCUUGAUAGAUAAUAUGUCAUCUUUGACAUCUAUCAACAAAACUAAAGUUGCAUCUUCAAACAGCUUCUCUUCUGUCCCUUCUAUGGGUGUUGGAGUAGGAUUUUCAUCACCUGUUGACAGCACAAAGAGAAAUAUAACAAACGGACUAAAUACUAGUAUGGGUUUUCAGACUGCUGGAUUCGGUAUGGGAACUGCUCCCACCACUCAGAAUUUCUUCGGUGGUCCAAGCACAACGGGAACAACCAAGAUGAACAUUGUACCAACCGCCAAUAUGCCAAAUUACAGUCCCAUGAGUGCUGCAUCUGCAAUCUCUCCACUGACACAACAAAACAGACCCCCAGAUAUGUCUGCUUUAGAUAAUCUUUUUGGUCCUCAAAAACCCAAAGUCAGUAUGAAACAGUUGGCUCAACAGAAGUCAAACCAGUGGGUUAAUCAGUUUGUACCCCCACAAGGGUCCCCAAGUGCAAGUGGUUCAGUCUUGGGACCUCAGAUGAACAUGAUAGGACAGCCUGGCUUUGGUAUACAGGGUAAUCCUUUCUUUACUCCUCAGAACUUUGCACAACCAGCAAACACGAUGACAAACAGCAACUCAGCUAGCAAUGACUUAAAAGAUCUUUUUGGGUAAAAUGUCUUAUUUUCUUCUUUCAAAGGUUGGUGAAAUUUUAAUCAUGGGUAAGCUGAUUAACAUCUUUUUUGAUUAGGAAAAGUAUGACUUGGGGAAACUUUCCACUCAGCAAAAUAAAUAAUUUUGCACUAGAAAAAAACUGUUUUUACAUUGUCCCGGUAACGCGGUGGAAAACAUAAGUGCGAAGUCAUCUUCUGUGAUAAUGAUUUCCCUUCUGCUUACCCAACUUCAGAGCAUUGGAGGUAGGAUGCAUAUAUUCACUCAAAAAAAACCCUAAAUACUUCAGAAUUAUUCAAAAAUGUAUUCAAUCAACUCCAGCAUUUAUAUGAAAUUUUAUUUCUUAAAUUAAACAAAAAUGGUUAGGGGGUUAUAAUGCUAGUGAAUACAAUUUAGUGCUAUCCUAUGGAUCAGUGUCUGCUAAAUUCAACUCUUGAUGAUUUGUGUAGCCUGAAUUUGGCACAAACUGUCAUUAUGCCUUAUGACAGUAUGUGAAAAGUAAACUCAUGCUUCAUCAGAUAGUUUUGUUAGCCAUGUUACAUAGAAAUACCCCUAAUGCACAACUAUACAGCAGGCUAAGAAAAUAAAAUAUUUUGACUUUCUUCUCUUAGGAGGAAAUUAGGAUUAAUAUGGUGGUUGACUACCACAAGAUUCAGGAGGCAUAAGAAAUGAUUUUAAAACAUAGUACAAAUUUGGGACAGAGGAAAAACACUGCUCCAAUGGACAUACUUUUUAAGUCCUGUUUUAUAAUGUCCGACCAUAGUUACCAGCCCCAUAGCAAAAGCCCCAUACCACUUAAGCAGGAUUUUAAAAUACUUUAAAAUACUUGAUCAUAUUUAUUAUGUAUUUCUGUGUUUUGACUAAUUUGAUACUGCUUCCAGCCAGGGUGGGGAAAAAAAUAUAUAUAUACAUGAGUAGUUAUGGAACCUCCUAGAAAAAAUGUUCUCUGUAAAGUUCAAAUGCUGACUGUCCCAACUUGUAACAAUUGGUUGAAUUACACAGAAAUAUUUUGAAUUACUUCGUAGUCUUUGGCACUAUUGGGAAGAUGGAAAAGGACUGCCUGGUAGAAGUUACUGUUACACAUGGUUGUGUGAAAAAGCAGAUUGCCAUUAAUUGCCAUGAUUAGAAUAAACUAUUACUUUUUAAUUUUGUUUUAACUAAAUUCCUUAUGAAGGAUAGAUGAAUAUGAAGCAAGUUCUCACGUACAGAUUUGUAAGCUGUAGAAUACAUGGUAAAUACACGGAUAUUUAAAUCCUUUUUAUUGUAUUAUUCCAAAUUUAAUAAAGCUCUCCAGAAAACCAAGCAGUAGUUUCUUCUACUUCCCAGAAGGUAGGUGUUCAACUUGCCCAUGAUAGAAUCUCUGCUCUGUCAGAUAUUACAGUUGGGUUUUAACUUUUUCUUUCCUAGGAAUUUCAGGAACUUUAUUACAUAAUAUUUUGAAGAUGAUAGCUGGCUAUUUUGAGAAGGAAAGAACUGGUUACCUUUUUUAUGGAAAGCCUACGUACUUUAUUUUUCAAAGCCUUUCACUGAAGAAAUUGUUCUUUCAUUUGCUGCUUAAGAAACCAAAGGGCCUUAUGCUGUAAAUGUGACUUGUAUUUUGUUAUAUUUCCACAGUUCUCAGCGGUAAUAGCAUUAAGCGUAUUUCUUAAAUAAUUGUUUAUGUAUUAUAGCUUCUGCCUUAGUCAUAUUAUUUUAAGAUACCUGGGACCAGUGAAAUUGUGGUUUAGAAAACAAUGCCUAACACAUUGUGAUGCUUAUGUGCUCUUAGUAUUCAUGGUAAAUGUUGUAGAUUAUGUUAAGAUAUCUAUGUAACUUAAAUACAAUACUGGAACUGUUAAAAUAUUAUUUAAGUUCAUCUACAGUUACUGGUACUCUACACUCUGAAUCACACAAAGUCUUCUUUUUUAUGUCAGCUUUUGAAAGCUACAUUUUUUUAGGGCAACAUAAGGCAAAACUUUGAAGGAUUACUUGAAUCUGUUUUCCUCUAAAUUAUUUGGAAAAUCAGGUUAUAUUAAAAUAACAUCUCUUAGGACUUGACCCUGCAUUAUAUUAAUAUAUCCAUAGUGAAGGCAGGUUUAACCUCCAUUGCCCUGAUCUGGGGUUUCAGUCCCUGAUGUCCCUGGACUGGGAGUAUUCAGAGCUGGAUUUGGAUUUAACUUAAUGGAGGGAAAGUUAACUGCAAAAUUUUUAUCACAUCUUAUGUUCCAGACCUCUUAAAUUAUGGGUUUUUGGGGUCUGUGCUUUUGGCAUGGGCUGUUUGAGAAUACAAUGUAUUUUGUAAAAACAAAACCAAAAAAAUCCUGUAGGUUCAGAUUAAGAGGGGCUCCUCUGUGCCGUGGUAAUGUAUUGGAAUAACAUCUUUAUCUGGCUCAAGUAAUAUGAAAUGUUUUGUGUUUUGCAUUUCAGAACAUGAUUUUGAUUUCUGCUGCUUGCAGCAAUUUUCAGAAUGGCCAGAGUAGAAGAAUAAUAACAAAAGAAAAAUGAAACAGGUGCUUGUGGAAAUCAUAGGAGUUUUUUCCAGUUAUUUAAAAAUUUGAAAAAUAAUUUCAGUUAAAAUCAGAGGGCCAAAUCCAUCUUUCUUGUAGAUGCUUCAUGCUUAGAGAGUCAGGAAGCUGAAUGUGUGUGAACUUCUUAAAUUAUUUCUGCUUAACUUAAAGGGAAGAGGAGUUACAAGAGGUAAGUCACCAAGGCCAUGUGCCUCUUGGCUCCUACUGUAAUACCUUUUCUUUAGGAAACCUUGUCCGGUUGAUCUCUCCACUUGCAAAUUGUCAUUCUGAGGCUCUGCAAGAGCCUGGAAAAUUGGCGUUGUGGCCAGAGUACAUAGCACUGUUGGAGAGCAGCAGUUGUACUUCAGAUCCAGUGGGAGGUAGGGAAUGAGCGGGAGGAAGGGGUGAUGUUAUAGAGUAGGGGCAUUCCAGGGGCCUUCUGUGUCUGGACCUGGGUGGAAAGCAGCAUAACAUCUAGACUGCUCUUUUCUUUGUAUUUGUUUUUAUGUUUUUCCUUGCUGAACGCUGAAGCAGUGGGGAUUGUUUAGCCCUAAUGCAAUACAGAAUGGAGAACACGGGUGGGAAGUUGAUAUCUGAUUUACAAAAUUGCAAAUUCUUUCUCUGAAAAAGUAACUUGGUAAAUAAAUAAAUAUUAUAAUGCCCUGAACGAUAUUAUAAAUUACACCAAAUCUAUGCCUUUUGUAUUCAACCAAAUUUAAAAGAAAAAUGUGGAAGCAUGGCAGGUUGUAUUACGGCCCCCCCGCCCUGUGCACUCAUAUCAUCCUGAGCAGAUCUUCAUUAGCACUUUAUGUUAGUUUGUAAAGGAGAGAUAAAAAGGAGGAGGGAAUAAGUUCCUAUUUUUUAACUGAUUUAGCUAUAAUAUGUUUUCUACAAAAGGAGAAAUGCAAAGGAGAGAGAUGGAAAUAUCUGCACAUCCUAAGUAUAAGCAUUACUUGUCCUGUCACUAUCCUGGUGUAUAACCUAAAUGAAUGCUUUUAUACUAAGUCAGUAGACUUUUCCAUAUUUAGAAUUGUUGAUUCAAUGUGGUUUUUUUGAAGUAUGAAAGCCUCUGAAGCAUUUUUUUGAAAAACUAAUUUUAGAAAACAAACUAAUCCUCUGACUGGACUGACUUGUAUUGAAGAGGCUUGAAAAACCUCCUCUGCGGGGCUGACUGAGAGGACCUUGGAAACGACUGACUUGCCGAUUAGCAUAGAAGCCCCUGGGCUCUCUCAAGGGGAGAGAAAUAGGGAGUGAAAUGGCAAGUGUCAUUUCAAGGAAGGAUGAGGGAGCAGAUUUUUGCAUUCCUUUUCACACAAGUCUUGUGGAUGAGGCACAGAACAGCCUAUGGAAAAGUCCAAAGAUACCCUGCUUAUGUAGGACAGCAGCACCAGAGGAGCCUUUGGAAAGGUAAGGGAGUCCACCAGUUAUCUGGGGGGAGUGAGGAGAGAAAUUUUACUGGGAAAUUGGAUAGGAUUCCCUAGUCUGUUUUAAUGAAUAUACUGUAUCUUUCUCCCCCCUAGCUGUAAUGUGAAUUAAAUAGAGAUGCCUUGCGGGGAUGCUGUGGCCUUAUAGGUCUGCCCGAAAGUUGAGUACCCCAAGUAAAAAGCAGAUUUUUUUUUGAUAUAUAGGUGUACAACAUUACAAGCCUUAUUAUUUAAAACUUUCUUUUUCUGUUAACUUUUGUCUUUCUAGUAACACUUGCUCCACCUGUUCCACAAAUACCCCACUAGCCUUUAAAGCAAGAAAAAUGUGUGUGUUAAUUUUUAUAUUGUAACCUCUGUUGUGUGUGUGUCAGUAGCUAGGAAGGUAAGUGUGUAUUUAGAUUACAGGGUAAUACUUGGUUCAGUUACACUGCACCAUGAGAGCAAAAAUUAAAUGAGAAGUUAAAUUGGAGUCAAAUUCCACAGGGCAAUACAGACAAUGAAUUAUGCAAUCCUUUUGCUAUGUAUUAUACAUGCAUAUGGUUAGUGUGCCCACUACUACCGGAUUUGACCAGAAAAGGAAGGGUUUUUUUUGAAAAACAAAUUUAGGAACACUGGAUCUCUCAUUGCAGAGGAAAUUUUUGGACUUCUGAAUGACCUUUGUUUAUUGAUUAGGAGUUUUUAUUUGCGGGGUGGGGUGGGGUGGGAUAUUGCUGUUUUGUGCCAUUUCAAAUGACAGAAAUGUUUGAGGAGGGCAGCAAGAUUGUGUUGUAUAUGUGACCCUUUUUUGGUCUUUGCUAAAAUAAGAGAUAUGCUGCAUUUUAUAUACUUGUUGUGAACUUUUAUCCUGAAAUACUUGUGAGGAAGCUGAUCUGGAGAAUUUCAGAUGAGUAAGCUAAUUUUCAAGUGAGGUCCUGCUUUGUACGCAUCUUUCCAUUAGGUUUUGACUGCUGUACGAGGAAUUACACAAGGCCCUAAAACCUCGGAUUCAUACAUCAAAUCCCCUUGGCUACCAAGCCUCCCACUUAAAUCGACAGAACAAAUAAGCCCCUGCGCUUGUGAUGUCUUUAAGUUCUCAGAAGCGGUUCUAACUGCUGUACAGAUUCCUGGGAUGAAGUUGUAAAUCAAAACUGCUUUAAUGUGUUAUAGUGAACUCAGGCCUUGUGCAAAAUAUCUGUUGAUUUGUCUAAUCGUACAGUCUCUGUACUAGUGGCAGUUUUAUGUUUAGAUUGUAAAACAUUAAAAUUCUCAUGAGGUGUAUAAAGUGAUGUUAUUAUAGUGUCAGCUGUGAUUCAUCAUCAGAACCAUCAUAGCAUGGCAUUCGUGUAUCUCUGGUUUGUUGGACAGCUCUUCAAAAUCAAAUUUAUUCUUGUAUCAACUUUUAGAUCAGUUACUUUAAAAAUAUGUAAAAGCUAGUGACCGUUUCAAGGAAUUCAUAUCACUUUGUACUGUGAAUGAGGUUGCCUAUGGAAAUAAAUGAACUUUUCAUA